UCUCCUCGCCCCGCCUCCCGGGGCUGGGUUUUCACUUCUUGGGAAGUUAACGGCUGGAAGCAGCGUUGGAGUGUGGCGCUCCCGGGUUCUGUGGCAGCCUGGCCGCAGGCCCCCGGUGCUGUCGAGAUGGAAGUGGUGGAGCAGCGGGGCGCCGUCCCUUCGCCGCCGCCGAUGGAGGCGAGCCUGACGUGCGCCGUGUGCCUGUCGCUGUUGGAGGAGCUGGUGACGCUGCCGCUGUGCUCGCACAACUUCUGCUGGGGCUGCGUGCUGGAGUGCCUGGCCGAGGCCGAGGCCGCCCGCCUGCGGCAGCUUCGGCGGAGUCCGGGGCAGGCCCGUCUCGGCCGCGGGGCGCCGGGGCCGGGUCCGGGCCCGGGCCCGUCCUCGUCCUGCGCCCGGGUGCCGUGUCCUCUGUGCAGGAAGCUGUGCCUGCUGCCCCGCGGCGGCGUCGCCGCCUUGCCCGUCAACACCACCCUGGCGGAGGUGGUCAAGCUCUACCGCUCCGGCGCGGCCGGCGCCGCCACGGCCGGGGAGGCGGCGCUGGGGCUGAAGCCGGGAUCCGACCUCCUCUCCCUGCAGGCGUUGGGGGGAAGCUGCCAGAAACACCCGAACCGGCUGGUGCAGCUGUACUGCCGCAUGUGCCGGCAAGCGGGGUGCGAGCAGUGCGUUUCCAAGGAGCAUCAGGGCAUUUUCCACUCUGUCAACCUCAUAGAGAUGUACCAGGAAGAAAAGUUAACCUUUUUUAGCACUCUGAAACAAAUGAGGAUAAUCAAUGAGAAGCUGGUAAAUGAGAUCUCAAAAGGACCAAAUGAUGCACAUAUGAUGCUGAAAAAUGAUGUGGAGAUAACUGAGCUGAAAUUUGGAGAAAUUUUCAAGACUCUAGAAAUGAAAAAACAGCAAUUACUAGAAGAUGUUGAAAAUCAAAGAGGUAAAAGAGAAUUUCAGAUUUGGAAGAAAAUGAAAGAAACUCACAAGAAGACCAUUGAGAAUUUUUUGAAGGAUUGUGAAAAGCUUGUCCAUGAGUGUGAUCUUCAGUGUUUCCUGGAGGUUGCCUGUGGCUUGAAUACAAGAAUGAAAACUCAGCUUGAUGUGAUGAAUAUAGCAUCCAACUGGGAAAAGCCACCAGUGUAUAUGCCAAAGAAGACAGAUAUCAAGUCUGUGGUUAGUGAAAUCUUAGCAUUGGAGUUAACACCUACUGAUGCAGGCAUUGUUCAACUACCUUAUGAAGGAAAUGAGAGUUCAGCUCUAUUCAAAGAUACCUUAAAGCAGUGGCAGGACCAGAAGAUUAGACCCAAGACAUUUCUGCCUGUAGCAGGACAGGAUGAAGCAGAUGGUAGCAGGACCCUUACUCGCUUUAUGUCAAUAUCAGAAAUGUUGGAAUUUCAAGAUAUGAGCCAUGAGGAGUUGCGUUACAAAUACUACAUGGAACUUCAGAAGCUCACCAAUGUGUUUAAGACUCAAAAUUUCCCUGCAAACAAAAAGUAUAAAUUUGUAACUGCUGAGGCCUCCGAUGAUAACUCCUCAGGAACUUCUCUUACAUCUUCACCCACCAAAGCAAAUAACACAGAUAAAAUAAAAAUGGGAGCCUUGCAAAGAGGAGGUGGCUUUGACAAAAGGAACUUUUCUGGAAGCAGUGCUCAUAGCAUCCCACCCACAAAUACGAUUUUUUCUGAAACAAAUGGUGACUUAAAAUUAUUUCAUGAGGGUAGUGGCCAGGAAGUAUCCAUUCCAGCCUUGUCAGAAUCCUCUCCAGACUUGUUAAAUAAAGAAAAAUGACCAAGACAGGCAUCAGCAGGUACUGUUUCCAAUGAAAUUAACGCAAAUUUUAGCACUUCAUGGGACUUUAAGCCAGCAGCAACAGUGGCUGUUACUGUUUAAAAUUUGGAAUCUAUAGAUGUUUCAGCAGAGAGACCUUCAGGUGUACCUUUUACUUUCAGUGCAUCUAACAACUCAUUACCAAGAUUUAGUAAAGAUAGAGGUACAUUUUCCUUUAAAAAGCAAGAGAAGAGAUGUGCUUUCCCUCAGUUUUAUUUAGGGAGAUGUGAUAAGGUGGAUAAAACCAAUAACCAGGAUAAAUAUGGUCCUGAAACCAAAACCAGAGUUUGUGAUGCUUCAACAAGUCCUAAUUUAGACUCAGCAGAAAGUGAGAAACCACACCUUUUGUUUCCCUCCAGCAAUUCAGAAAGAGAUUGGUUUGCAGGAUCAGAAGUUAGCAAUUCAUGUAAGGUGUUACCAUCAUCCUCAUUUUUUAACCGAUCUGAGAAGCCGACAAAAAAAACAUUAUCUCACAUGAGGGGAAAAAACACCUCGUGCAAAGGAACCUGCAGGAUAUGGUACACAGAAACCAUGUGUCUUAGAGGAACAAAACCCUGACACUUCAGAAUCCAGCACAACUGUAGCUUGUGGUACUUCAGAAACCAACAGUGGAGCUGGGGUUAAUGGUGUCUCCAACACCCCCCUUCUCACUAGUAAUUGUGCAUCUUCUUUCAACAGUAACUUUCCAUUGCCUUCACCAGUAUUUUCAUUUGGAGGCAUUGUCAGAAAUACCUGUGAUUUGCUGACUUCUUCCAUGUUUUUUUCUGGAAACAACAGAAAAAAUGGAUAAGGAGAAGAUGAAAUCUGAUAAAACACUUCUAAAUUGAGGGUAACCUGUAUCUUCAGAGUGUGCAGAGCCUGCUUCUCUUUAUAGUCAUCCAAAAUGCAAAGGCUCAUGUUUGCUUGUGAACUCAUCUAAAAACGCUGGAAGUGCAGAAAGGCUUGGUGAUGGUAAGACUCCCUGUCAGCUUUUAUGUUCAGGAGUCCUUCCUGUUGAAUAUGAGAGUGCAUCUUCCACUCAACUCACUACAGCAACACAACAACAAAAAAAGGUAAAAUAUGAAGAAACUGUUGCUGAAAACAACUGUGUGUGUCCUAGAAGGGAGGAUAAACCUGAGCCUGUACAGUUUCAGAACACAGCUUGUUCUGUUCCUGGCACAUGCAGUGAUCCAUCUUUAGGCGGUUCUGUGCUUGCAGCGAGACAGGAGGAAUGCUGAGACAGCACUUCUGACACUUAAGAGCUAAGUCAAACAUCUGUCUCUACUGAUACCAGCCAUGCAUCAGAAUACUUUUCUGUUGCUGAAGACAACAUGUCUGGUAGAAGAAAAUCAGAUGUGAAGAGAGACUGAAAAGGAAAAUAAGCUGGAAUUAAAUAAAUGCUACUUAACACAUUAAAAGGUGGGGAUACUUGUGGUUUUACAGCUGUUCUUCUCCCCACUUCUUGCUAAUUGAGUUAGUGCUGUGUUGGAAAUGUAACUGCUUGAGCAGUCCAAGGCAAUGAAGUGAUUUUUAUAGUAUAGUCACAAACUAAAGAAGCAACCAAAAAUGUCCUGUCCAGCUCAAGACCAAAGCAUAGCCAUAGAUGCUGCAUCUUCAAGAAUGUAAACCUUCUGGGGGAUGUUUGGGGGAUGGGGAACAGAGGUGUCUCAGAAAGUGAGUUGGGUAAAGCUUCAGUGGCAGGAGGCAGUAAAUUGCUGUCGGUGUACAGCAGCACUUCGACUUAAAUGGGUAAGAGAACAUCCAGGAGCAUUCACCUCACAGGCAGGGAGGGAGGAGAGCCACAACAAAAAUAAAGGAUAUUGAAGGUGUUACUAAAAGUUGUGUUGCUUAUCUCCCCUUGGCUGUUUACUUUUCUGUGAUGUGUUUAAUGUAUGUUGAAGGUGUAAGUUUGAAUGUAAUUUCAGUAAUUUCUCUUGUGCUUUUGAAAUGGAAGCAUCAUGUAUCAGUGUUCUUGUUAUACACUGCAGAAGGGUGUCAGCUACAUUUCUGAAGUACUGCCUUCAGAAAAACAAAACAUCACUGUUGCUGUUUGCCAUGCUGAAAAGACCACAUGGACACUUGGAAAUUGAGAGAAAGAGCAAGUGCAGCAAAGCUGCCCUUUGUUUGUUUCAUCCUAUUAUAUACUUUUAGAAUGGUGACCAUGGAUUGGAGGGUGGAAUCCCCACCCCUCAUCCACAUUGGUGUCCUGGUUUAGGACAAAUUAGGGGAAAAUCUCCACAACUCCCUCCCCCACCACCGGGUUCGGGAGGAAUUUCCUCAGAGGAAAAGUGGAAAAAACUUGUUUAUUAAGAAACAACAAAAAACCACUCCCCAACACAAGAAAAACAGUCCGAGAUGACAACAAAUGUUUUCACCAGUCCAAGAGAGGGUGAGCAGUCUGCUGGGGAGGGCGCCAAAGCUUCUCUCAGGUGCAGACUCCGGGGGGUUUUCCCUUGACGUUCCCGAAUCGGGGCCCGAAGCAGGUCCGAUGUCUUCAGGGAAGGGGAGGAAGGAAAGAAGGGGAAAAACAAAAGCAGAAAAAUGGCAAAAAGCAAGCAAAAAAAGCAGAAAGCAAGAGAGCAAAGCCAGCAAAGCGAGCCUAAGCUAGCAGCAAGCAAGCCAAAAGCAAGCAGCUGGGGGAGGGGCUCGGCUAUAGACAAAACAAACUGAGAACAUGGGAACAGAAACGAUUUGGGAUACAAAGCAUGAAAAUGUCCUGUCACCCCAGGACAAUUGGCCAAAAGGACUGCCCUUCAACCCUCUCCUCUCCUGGAGAAGAAUGCAGAAACAAUGGCAGUAUUUACAAGAACAAUCUCUUGUUUACAUGAGCAGAGCGUGAGAAAAGUGAGAACUACUUUAAUAUGAAUGCUCAGAAAACUAGGAAAUCUCAUGGUGACACAUCAGAACUAAAUUUCAGUUCUUUUUGGCAACAGUUUAGGAAUACUUGGACAGAUUAAUUUGAUGUUUUAUUGAAAGCUUUUGGAGACCCUAGCUUUUAAAACACAAAAAAUUUCUUUUAAAAUCUGUGUGUAAUUGUCCUAGGUUACAAUGUAAGAUGUGCCCAAAGUAUGUAUUCUAUCACCAUCUUAAUGAGCUGUUAAAACUAGGUGAGGUGGUGUUUCUCUUGCCCACUCCCUCCAGACUAUCUUCUGUUAAUGGGCCAUCAAGGCCUUGCCCAUGACUCAUCAGGAACUCCCUCCAGGAGCUCUCUCUGUUUAAUGGGCAAUCAAGGACCCACUGCAUGACUCAUAAAAUUACAUCAUCCCAUUGUGAGAUGCUCCGCCCAGGGGGGAAGGAGCCAAGCAUUCCCACCUGGAUAUAAUCUGGGAUUUGGGACAGCACAGUAGGCUUUACCCACUGGAUUCCCAGAGGACAAGAGCUACCCGAUCUUUCUACAGGAUCACUGCUUCGACAAGACUGCUUCAUCUGGACUGCUACCACCACCCUAACUAACAGGGUAUCAGGUUGUAUUCUGACUUUGCCAGGGGGUUUUGUGCUAUUGCUUUUAUUUUAUUCUAUUUUACUUUUUUAUUCUUCUCUCUCUACUAUUAAAUUGUAUUUCUGACUUGGUCUCUCACUGAUUUUGCUUUCAAACCAGGGCAGUAAUGACAAUAAAAAAGGUAAACAGUACUUACUACUAUAUGUAUUAAUGAUUUAGGACUCAUGGAAUUUUUAGUCUGAAUAUUGAUACAAAAUAAGGAUAAAAAGACCAUCUUUGCUACUUUGCUUGCCAUUUUGUUGGACCCAAGAGAUAACCGUGCUUUAAUUAUUGGAAUACACAGACAGUAGUACUGUUUCUGAAUAAAGCUCUAUUUUGUUUACU